AUGUUUUUCGAUUCUGCUGCUGAGGAGAAGAUCGAUGUCAAGACAUUGCCGGGGUUCAUCAGGGACAACCCGGACGAGUUCAAAAACAUUUUCGUCCGUCGCUUCACCCACGUCAAAAAUUUGGGAUCUAAUGUUCUCCAUGAGUACCUACAUGUGAUUUUGGAGGACAAUUCCACGGAUAAAUGGACUCGUGUGAUUGUGGAACGUCAGGCUGGUACACUCGUGUGGGGUGAAGCUCAUGAUCAGGUGAUCGUUCGUCGCUGGCCAGCCGGAAAAGGCUACAAAGAGCACGAGACCAUAAAGCCUGGCUACUUUCCUUUCAAACUGGAAGUUAUGAUGAGCUCUGGUAGUUCAGGUGGAAAAGUUGGAGAUUCGCCCCUACCUUUGGUAACCCGCUCCUUCCAGAAGAGAGACUUCAGCGUGGAACUACUUGCACAGUUACUAUUGGAGUGCCACAAGGGCCAACCGUAUUAUACUCCUAACGAGUGGAACUGUUACUGGUUUGCGGCACGCGCCUUUGAAUCACACAGAGUAAGAAUUGGACGAUUUGACAACAAUCAGUGGAAGUAUGCCAACUGGAAAGGAGAUAUAUCGAAAAUACUCUCCCCGGAGAGAUGGAGUAAAGCUGUAAAGGAAGCUUCUAAAGCUUUCAAGAACUUUCUUGGACACAUUCCUAUCGACAACCCUGGCGGUGGUCAUCCCACCGACCAUAAAGACCCCGACGUUUCCCAGGCUGAUGAUGUUUUCGUGGGUACUCUGAGAGAAGUACAGUCCCAUAUGUCCCUCGAAUAA